AUGGGUGAGACACAUAGGCACCGACAUGUAGUUGAUAUUAGCGAUAGCAAUAAUAACCGGACAAGCACAGAUAAGAAAGAAGGACCUAUAAAGACUCAAACUAGACAAGUUCCGUAUGAGCCAGCUAAUCGCCGGCUUAGAACUGAGUAUAAGAAACUAACUGAGGAUCCAGAUUGUUCGUGGUUCACCAUUUGUCCUGUUUUGACCUAUGAGGAAGGCAAAGACGGUCCUUCUGGCUAUACUUAUAAGUGGGAGAUUGAAAUUAACGGAUUUGCCGAGACGAUUUAUGAAGGGUAUAUUUUGAACGCAUCAAUGCUCUUCCCCCAGGAUUAUCCCUUAUCUCCACCACGCGUUUGUUUUGUCACUAAGAUGUACCACCCGAAUAUCUAUGAAGAUGGCAAAGUCUGCAUCUCUAUUUUGCAUACCCCGCAUACUGACCCACAUACGGGUGAGAUGGAUAUUGAGCAGUGGUCGCCAGUUCUUUGCGUACGUACAAUUCUUCUUUCCAUUAUGCUUCUUCUUAAUGAGCCUAAUACCGAUUCACCAGCUAACAUUGAGGCUUCUAUUGCCUACCGCAAGUCACAAUCUGAGUAUGAAGACUAUGUUAGAAAGAACAUUCUACCGCGUCUUACUCUGGCCCCGCCUAAGGCCUAG